GAACUGUACUAAUGGAGAGGAAUUGAUUAUCGCCUGAAAUUUGUCGAUUGACGGAUAUUGAAUACAAUCUAAUUUAUUUGAAAAUGCCGCUUUGUGCUGCACACAGAUGUAAAAAUCGAGCAGGAAAAUCUACAAAGAAAACUUUUCAUAGAUUUCCUGUGCGGCGUCCUGAUGUACUGAAGGAAUGGCUAAAGAGAAUAGGCAGAAGAAAAGAUUGGAUCCCAUCACCGAAUGUUGUUCUCUGCUCAGAUCACUUCCAUGAAAGAUGUUUUGAUCGUACAGGGCAAAUCACAAGAUUACGUCAUAAUGCGAUACCCACCAUCUUCGCUUUCACUAUUUCCGAGGAUGGAGAAGUGACAGAUACUCCCAAGUCUGGGACUAUCUCAUACCUGGCUGAAGCUUCAGAGAUCGGUGAGCUUCCCGCAAAUCAUAUGUUCUUACAUGGUAACGACGGAGGAGACUUUCAAAGGAACGGAGCCCAAACUCCAAUUUCCAGGCCUACAGGGUCCUUGGGUACCACUAGUACUAUGCAUACCACUUCUUUACCCAGCCGCGCCAUACCUACGACUGUCACGUCUACCAGUGACGAUGGACCAGACUUAGCAAGCAGCAGACCCCAAACUGCAAUUUCCAGGCCUACAUGUACAUGGUCUGUUGGUACCUCUAGUACUACACAUACCGCUAUUUUACCCAGCAGCUCCAGUUUUUUUACUGGCACGCCUACCAGUGCUUCUUCGUCAUCACAGUCAAAGAACAUUAAGGAAAAUAUAUUCACACAUGACCACACGUACAGUGUAAGCUUUAACUGCACGAACGUGAAGGAAAAAAUGGACGCCAUCCACAAUCAGCUGACUCUGAUGACGAAGAAAAUGAAGCAGACACAUAUGAGCAACAACAGGCUUGCAAUCAAAGAGAAGUCUUUGAUGUCUGAGAUCAAGAAACUGAAAUCAGCCCAGGAAGUUAAUCUAAAGCGGAUUGAACAGCUCACCGAUAGCUUACAUUUUGGUCUUUGAGAUAUUGUGUUCGUCCAAACGAAGACUCUAGGGUUCUGUCUUACAAAGAGUUGUGAUUGAUCCGAUUAACGCAGUGGAUUAGUCUUCUGACCUUGUUUUCAGAGGGUCGUGGGUUUGAAUCCCAGAC